AUGAUGCAGGAGAUUCUGGAACUUCUGGCGAUGGAUAGUUCCAACAAUAGCCCAGAACAAUCAGCUUCGACUGCAAACAGCUGCACUGACCGGAAUACCCGUCACGAUUCUCUUGGGACAGAGUUUGAUCGCAGCUCUGCAUAUGGCUCAAGUAAUAACGAAUCUAUGAACGAAGCGAUGAAAAAAAUCGUCGACUGUUCCUGCGCCGAUGACGUUGAGGCACCAAAAUCCUAUUCAGUAAAGACGACAUCGACCGAGAACGAAAAGCCAAGUGGCGAAAAAAAACCUUCAGCAGAGCAGAGGGACGUGCAACCGAGAGCAGAGUCAGCAGCAGUAGACCUCCUACCCCAGCAGACACAGAUGCAGGACCCAAUACCCAGAUCACUCAUGCCGCUGGCUCGUGAUGCAUCAACAAGAUUGCCAGUGUCCUCUGAUCCAUCCUAUGCUACUAUUCAACAGAUCCACGCUGGAGACGCUCGAGAGGUUUCGACUGCUUUUGAAACGGACCCACCGCCAGCUUCGAUGUCUGUGCCGAGUCAAAUCGCAGCUCUUGCAUCAGAAAAGCCGUCAAGUCCAAGGAGUUCAACAGUUGUUUUCAGUCCGAAAAAGAAAUCGUCGUCAAUGUCGAAGGUAUUGCCAACGGGUCAGCGUGUGCACUUGAUGAACUCGGCUGAAUUUAACGAACUUCGACGAAAGCUACGAAUGCAAACGGCGUCGCGUCGAUAUCGUAAACGGAGAAAGGAACAAAUACGCCACCAGAAGAUGCAAAUUCAGGAACUUCAAUCGGAAUUGGCUCACUUACAUGAAUACGAGUCACAGUGGAAGCAAUACCAACAACGGUCUGUCACCUCACUUCAGACUGAGCUAAAAACGCAUGAAAAUGAAGUCGCUAGUCUUACGAAGACGAUACAAGAUGCCGCGAAAGAAGAACUCGACUGGGUUGAACUGAUGAGUGAUCACCUUCGCAAAAAACGAGAUAGUGCUUCAAAUGAUCACCUUCGUCGGAUUCCUGAAUCCACAUGA